GAAAGAGGACAAGGAAAUGGAAGAGGGUGACAGGAGUUGGGCCGUGAGUGAGAGCAAAAGAGCCAAGCAGGCAGACCGACCCUACUCUUGGUUUGGGGAGUAAGCAUGAGAAGCACAGAGGCCAGGGGUUGGGCUCCUCGAGAGUCGUCUGUUCUUUCACCCACAGGCUUAGACACGUGUUUUGCAAAGGUCGGGAAACCCAGUUUGGAACCCUUUCUGGCACUGAAGCACACUUGAAUGAAUUCUGUAUAUUUAACUCUAAGAAAAUUAGACUUGCGGCCGGGCGUGGUGCCUCGUGAGUGUAAUACCAGCACUUUGGGAUGCCUAAGUGGGCAGAUCACCUGAGCCCCAGGAGUUCGAGACCAGCCUGGGCAACAUGACGAGACCCCGUCUCUACAAAAAAUUAGCUGGGUGUGGUGGCGCACGCCUGGGACGCUGAGGUGGGAGGAUCACCUGAGCCUGGGAGGUCAAGGCUGCAAUGAGCUGUCAUUGCGCCACUGCACUCCAGCCUGGGCGACAAGUGAGACCCUGCCCUCAAAAAACAAACAAAUAGACCGGGAAAACGUGGGUAGGCAGAGAAUUCAGUAGCUGGGAAAUUACUGGUGAGAAAAGGAAAAUAGAACAACCAGAACUCUGUGAUGUAUACAAAAUUUAUCAGAGCCCAGAGAGACUUCAACCGUACUCCCCUAUGCAGCCCCGGGACAAUUAUUUAAAGGAAUUUUGUCCCUGACUAGCUGCUUCCCCCAUUAUCUUAAUGUACCUGGAAUUUGUGAUACAAAGAACAAUGUAUAGCUCAUCAAUCGCUUGUGUUAUUAUUUUAUUUAUUUUUUAGAUGGGAUCUCUCUUACGUCACCCAGGCUGGAGUGCAGCUCUGUGAUCAUAGCUCACUGCAGCCUGGAACUCCUGGCCUUAAGAGAUCUUCCUGCCUCGGGUUGCAGAUAUUUUAUUCCAAACUGCCCAAAAUGCAGGGAUCAGUUUUGACACCGUGUGUGGAGUGCCUUAUACAGCUUUGCCAUUGGCUACGGUUAUCUGUUCAACCAAUCAAAUUCCAAUGCUUAUUAGAAGGAAAGAAACAAAGGAUUAUGGAACUAAGCGUCUUGUAGAAGGAACUAUUAAUCCAGGAGAAACCUGUUUAAUCAUUGAAGAUGUUGUCACCAGUGGAUCUAGUGUUUUGGAAACUGUUGAGGUUCUUCAGAAGGAGGGCUUGAAGGUCACUGAUGCCAUAGUGCUGUUGGACAGAGAGCAGGGAGGCAAGGACAAGUUGCAGAUGCACGGGAUCCGCCUCCACUCAGUGUGUACAUUGUCCAAAAUGCUGGAGAUUCUCGAGCAGCAGAAAAAAAUUGAUGCUGAGACAGUUGGGAGAGUGAAGAGGUUUAUUCAGGAGAAUGUCUUUGUGGCAGCGAAUCAUAAUGGUUCUCCCCUUUCUAUAAAGGAAGCACCCAAAGAACUCAGCUUCGGUGCACGUGCAGAGCUGCCCAGGAUCCACCCAGUUGCAUCGAAGCUUCUCAGGCUUAUGCAAAAGAAGGAGACCAAUCUGUGUCUAUCUGCUGAUGUUUCAGAGGCCAGAGAGCUGUUGGAGCUAGCAGAUGCUUUAGGACCUAGUAUCUGCAUGCUGAAGACUCAUGUAGAUAUUUUGAAUGAUUUUACUCUGGAUGUGAUGAAGGAGUUGAUAACUCUGGCAAAACGCCAUGAGUUCUUGAUAUUUGAAGACCGGAAGUUUGCAGAUAUAGGAAACACAGUGAAAAAGCAGUAUGAAGGAGGUAUCUUUAAAAUAGCUUCCUGGGCAGAUCUAGUAAAUGCUCACGUGGUGCCAGGCUCAGGAGUUGUGAAAGGCCUGCAAGAAGUGGGCCUGCCUUUGCAUCGGGGGUGCCUCCUUAUUGCGGAAAUGAGCUCCACCGGCUCCCUGGCCACUGGGGACUACACUAGAGCAGCGGUUAGAAUGGCUGAGGAGCACUCUGAAUUUGUUGUUGGUUUUAUUUCUGGCUCGCGAGUAAGCAUGAAACCAGAAUUUCUUCACUUGACUCCAGGAGUUCAGUUGGAAGCAGGAGGAGAUAAUCUUGGCCAACAGUACAAUAGCCCACAAGAAGUUAUUGGCAAACGAGGUUCCGAUAUCAUCAUUGUAGGUCGUGGCAUAAUCUCAGCAGCUGAUCGUCUGGAAGCAGCAGAGAUGUACAGAAAAGCUGCUUGGGAAGCGUAUUUGAGUAGACUUGGUGUUUGAGUGCUUCAGAUACAUUUUUCAGAUACAAUGUGAAGACAUUGAAGAUACGUGGUCCUCCUGAAAGUCACUGGCUGGAAAUAAUCCAAUUAUUCCUGCUUGGAUUCUUCCACAGGGCUUGUGUAAGAAUGGGUUCUGGAGUUCUCAUGGUCUUUAGGAAAUAUUGAGUAAUUUGUAAUCACUGCAUUGAUACUAUAAUAAGUUCAUUCUUAAGCUUGCUUUUUUUGAGACUGGUGUUUGUUAGACAGCCACAGUCCUGUCUGGGUUAGGGUCUUCCACAUUUGAGGAUCCUUCCUAUCUCUCCAUGGGACUAGACUGCUUUGUUAUUCUUUUAUUUAUUUUUUAAUUUUUUUCGAGACAGGAUCUCACUCUGUUGCCCAGGAUGGAGUGCAGUGGUGAGAUCACGGCUCAUUGCAGCCUCGACCUCCCAGGUGAUCCUCCCACCUCAGCUUCCAGAUUAGCUGGUGCUAUAGGCAUGCACCACCACGUCCAGCUAAAUUUCUUUAUUAUUUGUAGAGAUGAGGUCUUGCCAUGUUACCCAGGCUGGUCUCAACUCCUGGGCUCAAGCGAUCCUCCUGCCUCAGUCUCUCAAAGUGCUGGGAUUACAGGUGUGAGCCACUGUGCCCAGCCUAAUUGCAGUAAGACAAAAAUUCUAGGGCACCAAGAGGCUAAAGUCAGCACAGCUUUUCUUGUGUCCUGUAUUCUCUGUCUAAUGUGUUGCCCAAAUAAUAUCUAAUUGUUAGCCAUUCUCCUCCAUCUCCGGCCUAAAAGUGAUAGUCCAGGUAUCCACAUGGGCUGGUUCCCAGAACUGCCAUUGCUCACUCUCCAAAGAGGGGAAGGUGGGGAAGGGGAAGGUGACUAUAGCUCAACUCCUGAGCUAGUAUCUGGCUGUUAUUUCAACAACCGGAGUUGGGGUUUGGGCUCAUUUUUUCCCCUAGUCAGCAAUUAUGGACCAGUGGUAACACAAGUGACAGCUUCCUGUGACUGACUUCACAAUUAGGAGGUCUAAGAUUCCAUUUGGGUAUUUGCUUAAGGAUCCCACAUAAUUGUCCCAACUGUCAUUAGUAGAGGGGAGGUAAGCCUUCAUUAAUAAUAAAGAGAAAGCCCACA